UCGUUUUCGUUUGGUGUUUUGAUCUGUUUCGACAAAAUUCAUGAAAUCAAUCCGGUGUCUGAGAGUGAAACAUUGAGAAAACCGUGCAUUAGCAAUGGCUCCAACGCGGAAGCCAACCGAUGGUCUGUUGGCGCGAGUGAAUUUCCCGCUGUACGCGAUCGAAAUGGUCACCAGCCGUCAUGUGCUAGUUGCGGGUGGCGGUGGUGCCUCGAAAACUGGCGUUGCCAACGGAUUUGAGAUCUACGAGAUCCAUCACGACGGGGACAAGUACAUGGCGGACGAAGUGAUACGACACGAAACAGGACCAACGGUAGUGAUGAACUGUGCCGUGAAGAAUGACGAAAAACGGACGCUCCUGAUGGCAGGGCAGGAAAGCCAUUGCCAGAUGUACCUUGUAAAUACGGUGAUCGAUUCUGGGGAUAAUAUGGGGGCGAAUGUCGCCUCGCCCGGUUCAAACAAAACCGACACCGAGGGACUGCGAAAACGAAGGAGUAUUUCGCAACAGCGAACUUCCCCGAUGACGGGUGCAACGGCAGGCACUACUUCCGUUCCGGCAGAUACGGAGAAAAAGCCCUCCACCGGCAACCAACCGAAUCGAAAGCAGAUUCGAUUCGAAAUCAAAACGGCCGACUCGGUGCAGACGGAUUUCACCGAGGCCGAACCUCUGCAGCGAGUCGUGCGCAUCAGUCCGAACGGGCGCCUGAUGGCCACCGGUGGCAUGGACGGGCAUCUGCGUGUGUGGAACUUCCCAAAGAUGACGCUCGCGUCGGACAUUGCGGCGCAUACGAAGGAAAUCGAUGACGUCGACUUCAGUCCGGACAGCAAGCACAUCGUAUCGAUCGCCAAGGACGGACUCGGCGUCAUAUGGUCAAUCAAUCCGGACAAGGAAUCGAAAAAGUUAGUCUGGUCCCCGCCGGCCAACUGCCGCUAUCUUCUCAAACGUUGCCGUUACGGGCUGGUCGAAGGGCAGAAGGACAAAUUCCGCUUGUUCACACUCGCAAACCCAUUCGCUAAGGCGGGCAAAGCGAAGGGCCUGCUACAGCAAUGGGAUCCGGAAGCGGGCCGGCUGACUGGGGUGGUUGAAAUCGACGAAUCACUGGCCGCACUGGCGGUGCGCGACGAUGGACGGUUCGUGGCCGUCGGGACGAUGUUUUCCGGCUCGGUGUCCAUCUACAUUGCCUUCAGCUUGCAACGAGUGCUGCACGUGCCGAAUGCGCAUGCAAUGUUCGUGACCGGACUGGAGUUUUUGCCGGUAACCAACUUUGACGGACCGUCCAUAACGGGUGACUCCGAAGCGGCCGUCCUGUCGAUUUCCGUCGACAAUCGUAUCUGUGUUCACAGCUUACCAUACAGACAUUCUCUGCCAGCAUGGGUGGCUAUCUUUGCAAUUAUCUUCAUCCUAUUUAUGACUUUUUGUUUCUGUUCCUACGUCGGGCUGUAAGCUGAACAAAGAGGCAGUGGAACUGCGUUAUAAGUAGAACGAUUUAUUUGUACGUCUCAACAAUUCCAGCUGGUGGAACGUUUUAAGCUAUUUGCAUAAAAUAACCUCGAAGUAUCGAUAAGCAUUGCGCUUGCCAACUUGGCUACAGCUUAGGAGAAAAAAUGUAUCACCACGGGUGGAGGAAGCAGAAGGACAUUUUGUGGCACUAGAGUAGUAGGAAAUAGGGAUCAAUUGGAGGCGCAACACAGUGUAACCGUAUUUCUUUGCUGUUCAUAUUUUGUUCGUCAGUUGCAGCAAUUCUAAUUUAUUUGACACACGACAUUGUACAGCGACCAUAGGAUGUGAAUAAAUUUAUUACAUUGUUAUUUGUGUUACAGGA